AGACAAUUCUCUUCUUUCCUUUUGUCUACGGACACGUUGUGAGCACGUUGUAAUCGGUGUAGUUUUAAGAAUAAAACUGCAAAAUGUCGUCCCAUCUUAACUGGAUGAUCAUCCGCAACAACAACGCCUUCUUGGUGAAGAAGCGUAACAUCAAGAAGCCGUUCAGCAAGGAGCCCAACAAUGUGACUAACCUCAACUCAUACAGAUACAACGGUCUGAUCCAGAAGAAGGCUGUUGGCGUCGUCGAGAAUCCCGACAGGAAAGGUUUCACAGUUGUAUACAAGAAGGCUAAGGCGACAAACAAGCCCGCCAAGAACGCAGUCCGCCGUCAGUUCAAAGCCGGCGCGAGGAGAUCGCUGUACAAGGUAAAGAGGUUGUUGAAAGCCAACCACUACCGCACUGACCUCUCCAAGGCUACCCUUCGUCGUGCAUCUGCCAUCCUUCGUUCACAGAGGCCCAUCAAGGCAAAGAAGCCUAAAACUGCGGCCGCUAAGACCGAAUAAGUUAAUGUAAGCUGACAAUAAAAAAAAAUUUAAAACCCUA